UCCUCCAAAGACCAUCUGCUCAGUUGAGUUUCAGGUUCAUCAUCGAGAGGACAACAACUCAACGCAAUAUCAACAAAUACAUUCAUCAGUAUGUGGCUUCUCAUCUUAUAUUUCAUCUGUAUAGAGGUGGGUGGAGAUGUUGAUGAUGCUGAAACAGUUAUAGUGAUGGAGAGAGGGGUUCUCAAUCUGCAACCUGGAGUUGAUGAUCUGAAGGGAGAUGUUCAGAUACUGUGGUCUUUUGAAAGUGGCAGACAAAAUACACGUGUCGCGCAGAUGCAUCAAGGGAAAAUGUACACUCAUUAUAACACGCAAUUCACUGGCAGAGUGCAGUUAGAGCAAACAACUGGAAUUUUAACCAUCUCAGACAUCAGGACUAAUCAGUCUGGACUGUAUGAAGCCUUAAUCAUCACCAGUGCACACAUCACAGCACAGAGAUACAUAGUUCAUGUUUAUGCACCCGUCUCUGUACCUUCCAUCAGGAGAAACUCAUCAGUGAGUGUGCACCAAUCAACAGGUACACAACACGAAACGGAGGAUUUCUGCUCUGUGUUCUGCUCGGUGAAGAAUGAUCGUGACGUGUCUAUCUCGUGGUAUAAAGGGAGUGAAAUAGUGAAUCAGAACAGCAAUCCUGAUCUCAGCAUCAACCUCAGUUUAUCAUUAGAUCUUCAUUAUAAUGAUUCAGAGACCUACAGAUGUACGGCUGUGAAUCCAGUGAGCAAUAAGAGCGUCCGUCUUCACAAGAAAGAGAUCUGCUCACCACAGGAAGAUUGUCUGGAUCACUGUGGCGUCACUGAGGCUCUGGUUCGUCUGGUUCUGUCUGGUCUGGUGGGAAUCACCGCUGUUGGAUUUCUUAUUGAACAUCUGAUGCUCUGCUCAUCUCAGAGAAGAGCUGCUGCUUCUGUGUGAUGGUGGUACUUUUGUUAGAUUAGAUUCUGCGUAAUUGCUAUUUACAUUCUCACUCUUAAAAUAUAGAUUUUGGUACUGUUGUAUUUUAUAACUGUGAACCAGUUUCUAUAAAACAAAAACAACAAAGAAGUUCUGUAAAAAUGUACAGUAGUAUGGCAUAUUUCGAUUAUGUAUUUCUAUUAUAACAAAGAGGCUUAUUCAUGUGGUCUGUUGUACAUCUAUUAUUUAAUUAGAGAAUGAAACUAAUGAAUGUAGUUUUAGAAAUAGUUCCUUACCUGAUUGGUUGAGCAGUGUUUAACUGGUAACUAGUGCCAUAUUUAGUGUGCAUAACAUUGCUGCAUUUUUUUGUUGUUAGACAAUAUACACAUAUUUUUUUUGCAUAUUUUUAUGUGGGGGAUUUAGAAUGUAAGAACUAGGAAUAGUUUACAAAAUGUAGUUUUUUCCUGUUUUAUUUAUUUAAUAGCACAUCUCUAAUGAUAAUUAGGGACACUAAUAUAAAAUCUGAUCAUUUCUUUAAUGAGAUGCAGAUGUUUUUCUCUGUAUGUUUACUUCCUGUUGUUACGUCAAAAGAAUCAGUUUAGCCAACACACAAGUUACUAACAGAAAGGAAAGCAUUUGAGAUGAUAAAAAUGUUUUUAUUUAAUCUUUCAGAUGUUUUGGUUCUGCUUCCAUCUUUUAAUCAAAUCAACUGUUAAUUCUGCAUAACCAGUUUUACUCUGAAUAUAUUUUUUGUAUGAUUAUGCAGAUUUUAAGAAAUACACUGUUGUAAAUCUCUUUAUUCAGAGAAGUUUAACAGAAU